AUGUCUCGCAGAUCGGACCCCUUGGUCUCCUGCUCCAUCCUUACCGGCGUGGUUCGCGAGCCCAAUCCUGCUCCCACCAUGCGUUGCUGCACCACCUGGAUUUCGAUCAUCAUGCUCACUGUGACCCUCGCUUCCGGCUUCGGCACCGCUACUGCCGCCCCGCUCUCCUCCGGCGCUGCUGCCUGCUCCACGCUCUCCACAAACUCCUCGAUCACCGUCCUCACCCCAACCUCCGAUCCCUCCUCCUACUCUUCCGCCAAAACAUCCGGCUUCAACCCGCUCAACAACAAGCUCUCUCCAUCAUGCAUCGUUCGACCAAGCACCACCGCCGACGUCUCCACCAUCAUGAAGGCGAUCUUCACCAGCAACUCGCCGUACGCGGUUCGAUCUGGUGGACACACCGGUAUGGCCGGCUGGGAUAGCGUAGAGGGAGGAGUACUGAUCGAUUUCUCCAAGAUGACAGGGUUUGCGUUCGAUGCGGGGGCGAGUACGGUGAGUGUGGAACCCGGGUUGAGGUGGGGAGAGGUGUACAAUCUUUCGGCCGUGCAUGGCGUGGCACCGAUGGGCGGGAGGGUGUCGCACGUGGGGACGGGGCUGAUCUUGGGUGGUGGAUUGAGUCUGCUCUCGCCACUCUACGGCUAUGCGUGCGAUGGGUUGGUCGAGGCUGAAAUCGUCUCCCCGGAAGGAAAUGUUCUGACGGUCAACAAGGAUACCAACCCUACCCUCCUCAGAGCCAUCAAGGGCGGAGGGGGAAGGUUCGGCAUCGUCACCAAGUACACACUUCGAGCCUUCCCAACCGGCACCAACGACGAAAAAAACUGGUACGGCGGAAGCAUCACCUCCCUCGACCCUCCCGGGAUGGAUGCCAUGGUCUCGCUCACCGAGAAAUUCGUCGCCACACCGGACGACCCCAAAGCCACCCUCCUUAGCAACGUUGGGUUGCUCAAGAUUCAAGGGGUGCCCACGUGGCUCGGUUCGACCUUCCUGUUCUACAAGGGAACCAAGGAAGAGUUCGACUCUGUUUUCCGCGACUUCCUCGCGAUUCCUGCGGCGAUCGUCGACGUGAAACCGUUGAGCUACCUGGAAGCGGCUGCGACGACGCCGUUGGGAUGGACGUCUACGCAAGCGUACAAGUGGAUGGGUGGUUCGCUGUAUCCCAACGCAUCGCUGACCGCUCGACCUCUUCCCUCCGUCGUCCCGGCGAUCCCGAUCGUCAACGCCGACGCCCCUUCGACCUACCUCGCGCUCUGGAACAACCUCAAACCGUUCCUCGCCAAACACGCCGAUGUAAUCGGUUCCGCCUUCUUCUCCAUCACCCCCGUCCGAACCAACCAGAUCGAACAGGGCUACCUCGCCGGUUCCAACGCCAUCUCCCCCCCGCGUGGAAGGAGCUACAUGCACUGGCUCUUCUCGACGAUCCUCGAGGAAAACACGGAUAGCUUCCCCGAGGAUCUGGAGAAGGACAGGUUGAAGUUGAUCAGCGACAAUCCGAGCGAUAAGGGAUUGCCGCUGUUCUUGAACGAGGUGGAUGUAUCGCAGGAUGCAUUCAAGACGUAUGGGUGGUAUGAGGAGCUGAAGCAGGAGUACAAGAGGUUCGAUCCGAGUGGAUUUAGUGUGAAGCAUCAGCAAGGACCGAAGUUUUGA